ACAUACAGAGACACCUGUACACACACACAGACAUGUACAUACACACACAGAAACAUGUAUACACACGCAUAGAGACACAUUUACACACACACACAUACAGACACAUGUAUACACACACAGGCACGUACAGACAGACACAUGUACAUACACACAGACACAUAUACGUACAUACACACACGUACACACAGACACAUGUACAUACACACAUACAUGUACAUACAUGCAGACACAUGUACAGAUACACACAUGUACAUACACACAGACACAUGUACAUGCAUACACAGACACACACACGCAUGCACGCUGUUAAGUGCUCUUUCCUCUCCCUGAAGCCACUACUGGCUGACAUAGAGGAUCAUGUGACCAGAGUGAGCUGAAAUUAGGUAGACACACGCACACACACACACACACACCCUAUAAAAAGUUGCAGU